AUGCAUUUCUCGACUCCUUUUAUUAUCGCCUCUCUCACGGUCCUCGUGGUCGCUGCUCCAAUUGCAGACCCUUUUGAAGAGGAGGGUGCACACAGUUGGGGACCACCUCCCAUUAAGAAAUAUUCAAGUUCUACUGACACACAAUGGCACAAUGAGAAAGAGGAGCGUGGUGAAAACGUCUUCAACCAUUACGGAUCAUACAACGGGGAGGAUCAAAUCUCAGGUGAAAGUUCCACCAAUCCUCAUGCACUCUGGAGUGGAUCCUCCUCUGAGGACCAUUCUAUCAACCACCAUAAUGAGAAUGAAAAGCGUGGUGAAAGCUCCUCCAACCCUUACGGAUCAUACAACGGGGAGGAUCAUAUGUCAGGUGAAGGUUCCGCCCAUCCGAGUUCCAGCUGA